GCUGGUGGUGGCUUUGAAUCCUUCCUGCCUUGGACAAAACGGAAAAGGAUUGCCCCGAAGAACGAAGAUGGCGGUGGAGAGAAAAGAAGGAGGCACAUAAAAGAAGAGGAGGAAGAAAAGGGUUGAGAAGACCAAGAGUUUUGUGGUUUAGUAGUAAUGAGUAGAGAGGAUUCAGAGAUGCAUUGGCCGGCGGUAGUAGUGGAAGAGAGCACGUACAAAGACGGAACCUGUACACAUAGGUUCAUUCAGAAUAAGCAGCGACUUACCAGGUAUUAUUGGCACGGUAGAAAAGACACGGGCGGGACAGACUGGCUCGUUCAAGAUGCAUCGGGGUCAACCGGGCGAUCAGCGGCCAUGGAGCAGCGGAGAGAUGGCGAGGCCGGCCUCCCCGGUUGCGGACGCCGGGCGGAGGUGUCUACGAGAGGAGAGAAAAGAAGAGUCCAUCAUAUCAGAGCCCAUCCACCCAGUGCCCAGGCGGCACCUUCCCUGCCAACAACGCGCGCGAUAAAUGGACGAAUUGGACUGGGGCUCCAUACAAUCUCCUUACGGGACGCUUGGGGGAUUCAAGGCAAGCACCUAGGGAUGAGUUGAGUGGACAUCUUCCGACGCUUCUCGGAUCUUGAAAACACAAUUGCGGCACGGGGAGCGAAAGCCGAACCCACCUUAAGUCGAGAUAAUACUAGAGAAGAGACAGGGAACACGAAGCAGGUCGUGAUAUAGUGAAUCACGAGUCACCAUUGGCGCAUCGUGCACCAAGUGAAUGUGGAUGAGAAGGGAUAUGUGCUCCCACACGACGAUGUGCCACUGCCCACUGACCGGUGCCAGGACUAACUUGGUGCGGCAAUGCUGAUACUAGAACUCCAACAUACUCGAUAGGAGUUCCUCUACGGAAGCACCAAUCCCGACCUCGGCCAUGUGCGACAAGUAGCCGGAAAACUGGCCGUUGGCUGAACACGACAAGACCGGAAAAGUCGGUUCAGUGGAUGUCGUGCCCGACUCGGCCACCAUGGUCAAGGUCGCUUCAGUAAGCAUGUCAAAAGCAUCCCGUCCCCGUGCAGGUCGUGGUCACCUUGUCCACGCGGAACUGUGUCCUCACUUCGGGACUCGACCACAAGCAGCACAGGAACGUCAGCCCGCCGAGGAAUAAGUUGUGCAGUCCUCCCCAGGUGUCAUUGAGACGGUUGCUCACGUACAAUUGUCGAUAACCAUUGCAAAGUUGCGCCGCCGAUUGAGCACACUCCAGGUAUGUCGCGGAGGGAACACUGCUCCGAGAGUUCAUCAGACGGUAGCGGUGGAGGAGAAGGAUGGAGUGGUGAUACAUAACGUCAAACCAUAUUCGGGCGCCGAAACUAUUGUUGUGUUUGCGAUUCGACGAGAGUUGAAACGGAGAAGCUUCGAGCCACUCGCCGAGCUCACGCCUGAAAUCGUCGAUCAGCAAAUCCGGUGUUAUUGUGACCUCGGCGCCGACUUGGGGAUAGAUUGAACAUUGCAUGCGGGCCCAAAUCCGUCGGAGGCGGAGUGUAUGAAUCGCGCCGGACAUGGUGGUGCUUGCAUCGGUAUUGGACAUCCUUGGUUCACUCAACAGGCCCGACGCCGUGAUGUUCUCAUCGUCAAUGUCAAGGGGAAACUAGCCCAACGGGUCAGGAAAAUGUGCCUCAUUUGCCCAAGUGGAGAUCAUAGACGCGUUUACCUCGACGUCAAUAUCGCCAUCCGUAAUGCUCUGUGGCCGUCCGAGAGUGAUGGACAUGGCCCGAUCUAGGUUGUAA